AUGCCCGAUAUGAGUGCUAAAUACGGUCCUGAGGUCCAGAAGGUCUCCGCAGACACACCAUUAGACGACAUCAUCUACCUCCUCAAGCGUGACGGGGGCGUCUUCGUUAGAGAUCUGGUCUCUGUCGCUGAUGUCGACAAAGCUCACGAAGAAUGCCGCGAACGCCUCGAGAAUGAUGUGGAAUGGAAUGGCUCGUUCUUUCCAAAGGAGACUCAGCGGGCACCAGCCUUGUUGGCUCUCAGCCCUACGUAUGCCAAAACGCAAGUCAUGAACCCAGUCUACCAAAAGGUGUGUGAGCACUUCUUGACCACCCGAAGUUGGUUCUGGUGGGGAAACGAGAAGAAGGAAUCUGUGUCGAAGCCAUAUGUUCACUCAUGUACUGCUAUGAGCAUUGGGCCUGGGGGCAAGGCUCAGCCCUUGCACCGAGACGACUACAUCAGUCACAACUAUCAUCAGGAGGUGAGUGAAUGGGACGAUGAGCGAGAUAAGAGCCGGGAGACCGCUGUUGGGCUCUUCGUGGCUGGCUGUAAAGUCACAAAGGAGAACGGUGGAACACAAUUCAUUCCCCGGAGCCAUCUAUGGGGUACUGAUAGACACAUGCCACCUCGAGUAGAGGAGUGCAUCUACGCCGAGAUGGAGAAGGGCGAUGCCUUCAUCAUGCUGGCAUCCGCGUACCAUGCCGGCGGCCACAACACAACAAAGGAUCAGAGACGACUGAUGUUUGCAACAUUCUCAAUUCGAGGCUAUCUUCGACAGGAAGAGAACCAAUUCUUGUCUGUGCCUCAAGAUGUUGCAAAGAAGUUGGAUCAACCUAUCCAGGAGUUUAUGGGAUACUCAAUGAGUGAUCCGGCCUGUGGGUACGUUGAUCAGAUGGACCCAAUCUUUGUGCUCCGUCCCGAAUUGAAGGGCGAUGGGCGCCCUUCCGACUUUUGA